CAGUGACUGAUUAAACCAGGAUGAGGGGAGGAGAUCUCCGUGAAUGAAUGGCGCCUUUCAUCGGAAUCUGCACAUCAUCAGGCAUGCGGACCGCAGAGGAUCAACGCGCCUGAAGCCGAAGCCACCGCGAGCGUUCCCGACGCGCCGCGCCAUGGGGAUUCGACACUUUCUGCUGCUGCUCAUUUAUCUGGACCCGCUCAACGUGUUCUGCACCCUGACUGCCAAACGAGCCAAACCUGCGCCCAAAAGAACGCAGAAACCAAAGGAACUGAACGGAACCACCGUCGCGACGCCCGCGUCCACGCAGCGCGUCAUCCAGGCGCGCGCGCACGAGACCUGCCUCGGGUACUACGACGUGAGCGGCCAGUUCGACAAGGAGUUCGAGUGCAAUAACACCGAUCACCGCUACUGUUGCGGGUCCUGCUACCUGCGCUUCUGCUGCCAGUUUAAAGGCAACCGGUUAGACCAGAGAACAUGCAAGAACUACAACAAACCGGACUGGGUGAAAACUGCGCCCCCUUCCCCUACACCAACAGGUGAUACUUACGACCCCAGCAUGGACCAAACCAACACCGCGGUCUACAUCACCUGUGGGGUCAUCGCUUUUAUAAUAGUCCUCGGGGUUUCCACUAAAGUCGCUUAUGACAAAGCAACCCAACCUCCUCAGGAAAUGAACAUCCACAGAGCCCUUGCAGAUAUACUUAGACAACAAGGACCGAUUCCUAUAUCUCAGUACGACUGUGAGAACUUUGCUGCGAUGAACAGCUCCUCCAAAGACGACACGCCACAGCGAACGGGCUCCAAAAACCACUACACCCCCGUCCACAGCUCCAAAUCCAAUCACGGAGCUCAUUACUCGAAGGAGAGCACUCGAGGAGGCGGACACGACCUGCACAACUUCAUCUCCUCCGGCUUUGUAACACUGGGCCGAAGUCACGUCAAAGGGGAGAAGCAAUGGCCGGUUCGCUCUCAGAGUCACCAUGGAGUCCAUCAACAUAAUUACAAUCAUCUCGGUCUCAGUAGCCCAACGCGAACACCGAAAAAUGCUCACAGAUCUCUGAGGCACGAAAGCACCCGGAUGAACAGUAUCCUCACCUCACAGACCGAGCCAUACGAUCUGUCCUUCUCUCGCUCCUUCCAGAGUCUCUCUCAUCUCCCCCCUUCAUACGAGUCUGCCGUGAAAGCUGACCUCAACAAAUACUCCUCGCUCAAGAAACUAACGGAUAAGGACGUCGACGACUACUACACCAGGAAGAGGAAUCUCCCAGACCUGGCGGCCCGAGGAACUCUUCCUCUGCACAUGAUGAAGAUGAACCAGGAUCCCCCGAGCAGCCAGCAGCCGCAGCCAGCGCCCCGCCAGCGCCCCCGCCGGGUCCAGAGGGCCAUGUCCCAGGACCGCGUGCUGUCCCCCGAACGCAGCCAGGAGCUCGACUACCCCACGUCCCCCUACGCCAUCUCCCCGUACGGCGGGCGGAUCCUGUCCGACGAGCAGCUCCUGUCGGCCGAGCGUCUGCGCUCCCACGAGCGGCUCAUCUCGCAGGAACGCCACUACUCGCAGGAGCGCAUCCACGCGCAGGACCGGCUCUACUCUCAGGAACGCCUGCAUUCCCAGGACCGCCUCCAUUCCCAGGACCGCCUCUACUCGCAGGAUCCACUCAUCUCUCCCGACAAGAUGAUGUCCAUCAAGCGCUCCGGGUUCCCCAACGACAAGUCCAUGUCUAGAGCCAUAUCGCACACGGACGUGUUCAUGCCCACCACGCCCCUCCUGGACCGAUAUAAGAUGACCAAAAUGCACUCCCAUCCCAGUGCCUCGAACAACACGCCACAGAACACUUCCACCAUGAACCAGACGGCCUCCAAGAGACAGGCCUUCGCCUCGCGCCGCACACAGACGGUGGAGCAGCUCCACUACGUGCCGCAGCACCACCACCACUACCGCACCGGGAGCAAGACCGAAGUAACUGUUUAACCGCUCGCGGGCCGGCAGAAGCAUACACUCGUCUCAGAUCCGGUUCUGCAGGAACUGACCCAGCACCAGCUACUCUAGAGCCACACCCAGACCCUCCUGUGUGCAUUUCCAUCCAGUUAUAUGUGUUUGUUUAUCACUAAUGAGGAAGGACUUCUGCAUUUGUAAGGGCUUUGCAUGGGGAUUCGCAGACUGCGUCAGAAGAAAGAACGUAUGAUGAAAGGUAUAGACAUGGAACAGAAGUGUAUACAUUUAUAUAUAAAUACACACUAUAUAUAUAUAUAUAUAUAUAAAAAAAUACAAAUACUGUUUGUACUUCCGGUCCUAGUCAAUAGCUUUAGAAGUUCUUAUGAUGUUCGCGCACUUCUUUUGGUGCCUCUACGAAAACGUUCCAUUUCAACAACGAAGUGGUUUUGUGGGUUAACAAGCACAAUCAAGUAAAAGUUGAGUUUGGUUUUGUUCAUUCGCUCUGUGGGUGAUGGCUAGCAUAUAUCAGUUUGUUCUUCAAUUAAUGGCCAUUCAUUAUUUUGCGAAGAUGAUUGUAAAUAAGCUCUUUUAGCACCAGUAAAUGGACGAGUCUGUUCUGGUUGGCAUUUGUAUUAUUGUAGUUUGAUUUUUAGAGAUUCAAGACUUCUUCAGAACUAUAGAGAACCCACUAACCCAGUGUUGGACCAUUUAAAGUAAUAUGAUACUGUAUGUGUGUCCGUUCAAAUGUGUUUGUAGAAUGAGAAUCGGGCGAAUGUUGCUGAAAAAUAUGUUGAUUUCUGGCUGUAGACUGUGUUGCAGUGACUCACAAGACAAAUGAGUAUAUUAUGCUUAUUGUAGUAGCUUCAAAUAAACCGUCCUUAUUUUUCUAAACAUUAA